AUGGCUUGGAAGUUGAAUGAAUUGCCGCAGAGCUCCCGUCAUGAAGAACGUCCCGGCCAGGCCCUCACCACUUCUUACGUCGUCAUUACCGAAUCUCAGCCGCCCAAUUCCCCCACGACCUCUGCCGCACUCCCCUCCUCAGCAUUCUCGGCCAUCACCACCGUAUCAGCCAAAACCACCGGUCAUGAAACCACCGUCUGUGCCGAAGCCUCCGGUGUGGAGCCACCACCUUAUGUUGUGAAGCCGCUACCACCACCAGUUGUGUCGCCACCGUAUCAGCCAAAACCACCGGUCGUGAAAACACCGUAUGUGCCGAAGCCUUCGGCUGUGAAGCCACCACCUUAUGUUGUGAAGCCGCCGCCGCCAGUUGUGUCGCCACUGUAUUAG